UUAGACUCUGGCACAAAAGUCAAGUUCGAAUCGAUUGUCAGAUGUGUUUUUGUAUCGAGCUAAAUGUGCUGCUCUAAAUGUGCUCUAAAUGCGCUUAAGCAAUCUGCUUUGGAUUGUUGCUCUGUUAAUUGUUUGGGCAGUGAGCACUCGCCCGCAUCCCGCAAUGAUCGGAAAAAGAGAAUCGCCUCAAGCUGGAGGCAAUGCCGAUUACGACUACGUCGACGGGACGCUGGAUGAGCAACUGAAGCGACUGGGACAAUACAAUCUACAGAGCUGGGAUGCCACAUCGGAAGAUGGCGGCUUUCAGCGUGUCACACAAUGCGAUGGCUUGAGUCAAACAACGAGUUGUGAAACUCAUGAAGCAACUUGCAGCACAACAUGCAGCACAACUUGUCAAACGCCUUUGCCACAGCCAGGUGACUGUGAUCGCUUUUCCUCAAAUCAAAAUCAAGCCAAUUCACAGCAAUCACAACAGCAGCAACAGCAGCAGUCACAGCAACAGCAGUCGCCAUAUUCCCCACAGCAACAACCUCAGCAACAACCUCAGCAACAAUUUGAGCUGGAUGACUCUGAGCUACGUGGCAGAGAGUUGCGCAAAUUAGUGCAACAUUUGUAUGUGGCACAAGCGCGUGUGCAACUCGAAGCUACCGAGAUACACAAGGCACAAGCUGUGGCAAGCUCAGCGCAAGCUCAGCUCGAAGAUUCAGCGAAUCAUGUGCGCACCAUCACAGCCACGUUGCACAAUGCACAACAGGAAGUGGCAGCUGCUGCAAUAAGAGCGCAGAUCGCUCAGCUGCAACUUGCGGCACAUGAUCAGUUGUUGUUUGCUGCUCGCCAAGAUGUGGACUCGCUGUCCUCACAAGUGGUUGGACUGCAGGCAGCCGAAGGAAUUGUUCAACCCAAGCUAACAGUUGAUCUUCAUGCGUUGCUCGACAGGUUGCGUCAACCGCUGCAGCACUUUGAUCGCCCCACGCCGGUGCCCAUGAUCAUCACUCCACCUCCGCUCAGCGAGGAGUUGCCACAUCCCCAACCGCAAAGCGAUGAAGCAACUGUCAAUCAAAAGGAAGUCAUCAAGCAGCAAGAGCAAGCAAAGAUUGCGAACCAAGCGAUCUACUCUUUAUAAAAAUCCCCUCUUUAACUAUAUAUAUUUUGUUACUAAUGUUCAUAUU